AUGGCUGCGCCCGAGGAGUCGCUGAGGAAGCGGAAAACCGGAGACUUGGACCCCGGGCCCGGGUCGCUGCCCGCGCCGGAGCGCGAUCCCGCGGGCUGCCCGGCCCGCCUCUGCGUGGGCACCUUCUGGCUGACCAGGAUCGUGCUCCUGAAGGCCCUAGCUUUUAUUUACUUUGUGGCAUUCUUGGUGGCCUUCCAUCAGAACAAGCAGCUGAUUGGAGACACAGGGCUGCUGCCUUGCAGAGCGUACCUGAGGAGCAUCCAGAAGUACUUUCAUGGGAGGGUGGGCUGGGAUGCCCUGGCCUAUGCCCCAACUGUCAUCUGGCUGAUGGACUGGUCAGACAUGAACUCCAACCUGGACUUCCUUGCUCUGCUUGGACUGGGCAUCUCAUCCUUCAUCCUGAUAACUGGCUGUGCCAAUAUGGUCCUCAUGGCUGCUCUCUGGGUCCUCUACAUGUCCCUGGUCAACGUCGGACAGGUCUGGUAUUCUUUUGGGUGGGAGUCGCAGCUGCUGGAAACGGGCUUCCUGGGGGUCUUUCUGUGCCCUCUGUGGACUCUGUCUCGGUUACCCAGACACACCCCCACGUCCCGGAUCGUCCUGUGGGGUUUUCGGUGGCUGAUUUUCAGGAUCAUGCUCGGAGCUGGCCUGAUCAAGAUCCGGGGGGACCGGUGCUGGCGAGACCUCACCUGCAUGGACUUCCACUACGAGACGCAGCCGGUGCCCAACCCCAUGGCCUAUUACCUGCACAGGUCGCCCUGGUGGUUCCACCGCUUCGAGACGUUCAGCAACCACUUUCUCGAGCUCCUGGUGCCCUUCUUCCUCUUCCUGGGACGAAGGAUGUGCAUCCUGCACGGCGUGCUGCAGAUCCUGUUCCAGGUGGUCCUCGUCAUCAGUGGGAACCUGAGCUUCCUGAACUGGCUGACCAUGGUGCCUAGCCUGGCCUGCUUCGAUGACGCCGCUCUGGGAUUCCUGUUUCCCUCCGGGCCAGGCAGCCUAAAGGAUGAAGUUCUGAGAAUGCAGAGGGAGGAAACCCAAGGGCACCGGCCCAUGCCAACAUACGGCUGUGUGGUACGGCGGAUGGUCAACCUCUCACUGGGCAUCCUUGUGACCUGGCUCAGUGUCCCCGUCAUCAUCAACCUGCUGAGUUCCCAGCAGGUCAUGAACGUCUCCUUCAACCCACUCAGAAUCGUCAACACUUAUGGGGCCUUUGGAAGCAUCACCAAGGAGCGGACGGAGGUGAUCCUGCAGGGCACGGCCAGCCCCAAUGCCAGUGCACCCAAUGCUGUGUGGAAGGACUACGAGUUCAAGUGCAAGCCGGGCGACCCCAGCAGGCGGCCCUGCCUCAUCUCCCCCUACCACUACCGCCUCGACUGGCUCAUGUGGUUCGCAGCAUUCCAGACCUAUGAGCACCACGAAUGGAUCAUCCACCUGGCGGGCAAGCUCCUAGCCAACGACCCCGAGGCCCUGUCCCUGCUCAGGCUCAACCCCUUCGCAGGCAGGGCUCCCCCUAGGUGGGUCCGAGGAGAGCACUACAGGUACAAGUUCAGCCAGCCCGGGGGGAAGCACGCAGCAGAGGGCAGGUGGUGGGUCCGGAGGAGGAUUGGCCCCUACUUCCCCCCGCUCCGUCUGGAGGACCUGAGGAGUUACUUUAGGUCACGGGAGUGGCCUUAUGUGGAAACCAAUGCAGACACUGGGCGUGUACCAUGAAAUAAAGGCCAGAAGACCCCCAGCCCGGGCUGCUCUGAGUGAAA